UAUUUAUUACAAUUAUUAACGCGUGUUUAAGAAUAAAAAUAUCUAAAAUUAUUAUUGUUCACUAAAGGUAAAAAAUGGCUUCAAUGCCCAAAAUUUUAAAAAGAAUACUUUUAUUGAUUUGUAUAGAUAAUACUUUGUCUUUGGCGCCAAUAGUUAUUGUACCAGGAAUUGGUGGAAGUCAAAUAGAGGCAAAGUUGAAUAGAGAUCAAAGUACAUAUUAUUGGUGCUAUAAGCAGUACCCAAAUUGGUUUACUCUUUGGUUGAGCAUUGAAGAGCUUUUCCCUAUAGUUGAGAAAUGUCUAGCUGAAAAUAUCAAAACAAACUACAAUGAUACUACAAAAACAAUGGAAAAUGCAAAAGGAGUUUAUACUAGAGUUCCAGAUUUUGGUAAUACAACAGCUAUUGAAUGGCUAGAUCCGUACAUUCAUUUUGCAGGUGUUUAUUUUUUUCCAUUUAUUGACGCUUUAACUCGUUCUGCUGGCUAUGUAAGAGGAAAAUCGUUACGUGCUGCACCAUAUGACUUUCGCUAUGAUCCAAAUCAUGCUGGAGAUUAUUUUGAAAAUUUGCGUCUGUUGAUUGAAAAAACAUAUUAUGAUAAUGGUAAUCAAUCUAUAAUGUUGAUAUCACACAGUAUGGGUGCUCCUUACUCUCUCUACUUUUUAAAUAAACAAACACAAGAAUGGAAAGAUAAGUUUAUUAGAGCUUGGAUUACAAUAUCAGGUGUUUUUGGAGGAUCAGUUAAAGCUGUUCUUGCAUAUAUAUCUGGGGAUAGCUUUGGAAUUCCAUAUUUUCUUGACAGCCCGAUUAAAUUGAGAGAAUUUCAGCGUUCAUUUUCUAGCCUGAGUUAUAUAUUACCAAAUUCAAAUUUUUGGAAUGAUAACGAGGUAAUUGUGAAGACUAAUGAUCGAAGUUAUACUGUAAAGGACUAUGAUACUCUCUUUGAAGAUAUAAACUAUCCAAUUGCUCAAAAGAUUUUAAAAUUGGUCCCAGAAGUUUGGAGUAAUGAACCCCCUGGAGUGAAAAUGUAUUGUUUUUAUGGAAAUCUUGUUGAAACUCCUGAAGUUUUGUAUUAUAAAUCUGGAUUUGCUAAAGAUAACUAUCCUAAUAUAUAUUAUGGCGAUGGAGAUGGAACUGUAAACUUAAAAAGCUUAGAAGGGUGUAGGCUUUGGCAAGGUAAGCAGAAACAACAAAUUAUUCAUCGAAUGUUUCCGAUGGGAGAGCAUAAUGGUAUACUUCAGAAUCCUUAUUUAAUUCGUUCAGUCAUAGAGGCUUUGGAACAAUAAAUUUCAUUUUACUUUUUAUAAUAAAUGUCAGAUUAUUAUUUUAAAAUUGGAGUAAAAAGGGAUCGUCCAUAAAGUACGUACACUCGAAGAGGAAGAUUAUGGCGUUUCUGAGAUAAGGGGGCAGUAGGUCAAUUAUAAAAGUAUGGUGACACUAAAUUAAAAAAAAAUAUCAUAAAAUGUUGGGUUAGUAGGUUAAAAGCGUAGGUACUUUUAGGGAGGUAAAGAGUAAUCAAAAAAGCGUACGGGAAAUUGCGGGGGUAGGGGGGGUUAGCGAAAAAAAAGCGUACGUACUUUAUGGACGACCCCAAAUGCUGUAUAUUGUUAAAUAAUUUUCACUAAUGUGUUAAUGCAGUGUGUAAUAUGUUAAUGUAGUUUAGUGUGUAAUAUUUAUAUAACUGUGUUUGAAUAUUGUUUUCUUA